CCCCAUUGAUGUAAAACCGUUGCCAGCCUACUCCCGGCUCGACAGUAUCAGUCGAAGCGGUCUGUCGCCUCCCGCCUGGGGCUAAGAUGCGGAAAAGAAUUCAGUGAAUUAAAAAGAAGCAAAAAAAAACAAGGAAAGGGAAAAACAAAAUCCAAGUCAAAGCUCCCCAUCACGCGUGCAUCCCCAGAAGACGAGGACGUCCGAAACCCACGGUUCCAAAAACAAAAAAAAAAAAAAAGAGUCACCAUCGGGGCCUCUAAUUGGCGAGAAGCGGCAACGGGGCUUUUUCAACCCUCGAAUCUCUUCCUCUUUGCCUCUGCAUCGUUGGAGGACGAAAAGAUCACCCAUAUUUGCUCGACGUAGACAGCUUUCAGCUCGCUUCAUACAACACGAACGAGAAGGCAGACGAUCCACCGUUACCGCUGCCCAACCUGUGAGGCUUCAACGCCUCCCGGAACAUACCAUCGGCCUCCAUUGGAUUGAGAGGAUACCCCGGAAAAUCGAGCCUGUAGGAUUUCAGAAUCGGGUGCUGAGCGCCUAGGCAGCAUCCAACCGGGCUUGUACGUACACCUCGUCGGUGGAGCUCGACGUGACUUCUUAGCCUUUCCCCGGUUCGGUACUCGAGACCCGCAGCUACCAACUGACAGCCAAAUAUCGCUUUUAUCACACUUCUGAACUUUAAGCCGCUGCACGUUUUAACCGCCGAGUCACACCUUCCUGCAUUCUAGAAUCGACGGCUCUACCAUGGCGAAGGACAAAGAGCGCACCGUCAACCCGGCCCAAGCCCAGCGCCGAUUGGAGAAACAACGUGCGUUGAAAAAAGGAAAGGCUGAGCUUCAGGCCCGUCGUAAUGAGAAACUCGCUCGUCGGAAUCCGGAGCGGCUCCAGCGGCAAAUUGACGAGCUGAAGGCGAUCGAGGAGUCGGGGCAGCCACUGAGGCCACGGGACAAGCAGAUACUUGAGGGCCUAGAAAGAGACCUUAAGGCGGUUAAGAAGGCAAGAGAGGCCCUCGGAGACCGCGCACCCAAGUUCGGGGGUGGCGAGUCGAGGCACCGCGACACGGAUUCCGAUCGAGGAGUGUUGGGGAAAAGAAGAAGAAAUGGAUGGGAUCAGCGGAGACGACAUGAUGACAGUAGCGAUACUGACGAGAGCGUUCGAAAUAUACCCAUGCCGAGGGACACUCCACCCCCGAUCCCACGCCAAUACCUACGACGAGGACCUGCCCGUGAUAACGAGGGCGAAGAAAAGCGCCAGACACACGGUCUACCAGAGAAACCUCCAGUGGAAGCUAGAACAGUCUACGAAUCUGCACCGGUCAUCAGAAAUCUACAACAGGAGGCCGUGAGCAAGUUUGUUCCUGCGGCUGUGAGGGUGAAGCAGGCGGCUGUCAAAGGCCAGGGACGGUUGGUAGAACCGGAAGAAUUGGACCGUUUAGAAAAAGAAGGAUAUACUUCUACUACUCAGGCUUCUGGCCCUGCGGCUAAUGCUGAACGGACAGAUUCAGAAACAAAGCCCACCUCAGCGAAUCUUGAUGCAGCUACAUUAGCAGAAGAGGAGGAACGCUUUCGGCGAGAGCUCAAACACGUUCAGAUUGAGGAAGUGGAGGAUGAGGAAAUAUGA